AGCGACUCAGGAUUGAGACCUGCAGAUGGGAAUGGUUUGCUCCUGCCUUGAUGCAUGUGGCACAGAGGGACCAGAACAAGAAGGGAGGGGUGCAGGAAAAUACUUGGCUGUUAGUAAAAGGACUGGCUGCAUUACUUUGUACCUCAGUUUAAAAUGGUAUUUAGUUUGAAUUCUUUUUUUACUCCCACAUGCUCUUUUAAAAAUUCCAAACUCAUGGGUCAUGACUUGAAGAAAAUUGCCUUUCUUCCUCUCUUGUGCACAGAAGGUAGCAUUGUGAAAGGCUGGGACAGGGGACAGGGCUGCAGCUGCCACUGACCUUUACCUUCUGGCUCCUACUUGUUUCCUGGGCAUGGAAGAUUAGAACGGCUUCCUCUAGUGGUUUACCAGAAACUCUCUGGGGUGGAAGCUGUAGCUGGGUCUGUCUGCACAGGGACUGGGCAGGGAUAGCCACAUGGAGAAGAGACCAGAUCUGCCUCUUCCGCUUGGGCAGAAGCAGAUCGGACUCUGGAUUCUGUUCCAAACUUCCUGGCUGGCCAGGCCAGUGUUCCCACCUUCUGGGAUGUUAGCAGAGACCUUCUUUAACAGGCACCCAGGCUCUUGGAAGAUGCUCACAGUGGCGGUGUGCGUGGCCCUUCUGGGCUGCCUGCAGGCCCAGCAGCCCCAGGGACAUGUUUCUGUAAUCCUGCUGGGAGCAACUGGAGACUUGGCCAAGAAGUACUUAUGGCAGGGGCUGUUCCAUCUCUACCUGGAUGAGGCAGGGAAGGGCCACCGUUUUAGCUUCCAUGGGGCUGCCCUGACGGCCCCCAAGCAGGGCCAAGAGCUCAUGGCCAAGGCUCUCGAAACCCUUUCCUGUCCCAAGGACAUGGCACCCAGUCACUGUGCUGAACGCAAGGAUCAGUUUCUGCAGCUGAGCCAGUACCGCCAGCUGAAGACGGCUGAGGACUACCGGACUCUGAACAAGGACAUUGAGGCACAGAUCCAGCACGAAGGCCUCCAGGAGGCUGGCAGGAUUUUCUACUUUUCUGUGCCACCCUUCACCUAUGCAGACAUUGCCCGUAAUAUCAACAGCAGCUGCCGUCCAGGCCCGGGCACCUGGCUGCGCGUGGUCCUUGAGAAACCUUUUGGCCAUGACCACUACUCAGCCCAGCAGCUAGCCACAGAGCUCGGGAGCUUUUUCCAGGAGGAGGAGAUGUACCGGGUGGACCAUUACCUGGGCAAGCAGGCGGUGGCUCAGAUCCUGCCUUUCCGAGAUCAGAACCGCAAGGCCUUGGACGGCCUCUGGAACCGGCACCACGUGGAGCGGGUGGAGAUCGUCGUGAAGGAGAGUGUGGACGCAGCAGGUCGCACCAGCUUCUAUGAGGAGUACGGCGUCAUUCGAGACAUCCUCCAGAACCACCUGACCGAGGUCCUCACCCUGGUGGCCAUGGAGCUGCCACACAACGUUAGCAACACGGAGGCCGUGUUGCAGCACAAGCUUCAGGUCUUCCGGGCGCUGCGGGGCCUGCAGAAGGGCAGUGCCGUCAUGGGCCAGUACCAGACUUACAGUGAGCAGGUGCGCAGAGAGCUGCAGAAGCCAGACAGCUUCCACAGCCUGACGCCAACCUUUGCAGGCAUCCUCGUCCACAUCGAUAACCUUCGCUGGGAGGGUGUUCCUUUCAUCCUGAUGUCUGGCAAAGCCUUGGACGAGAGAGUGGGCUACGUUCGGGUCUUGUUCAAGAACCAGGCACAUUGUGUGCAGAGCGAAAGGCGCUGGGUCGAGGCUCAGAGCCAGUGCCUGCCCCGGCAGGUGGUCUUCCACAUCGGGCAUGGCAACCUGGGCGGCCCUGCUGUGCUGGUCAGCCGGAACCUGUUCAGGCCUUUCCUACCCUCCAAGAGCUGGACGGAAAUGAAGGACCAGCCUGGGCUUCGCCUUUUUGGACGCCCUCUGUCCGAUUACUAUGCCUACAGCCCCGUGAAGGAGCAGGAUGCCUAUUCCAUCCUCCUGUCACACAUCUUCCACUGCCGAAAGGACUUCUUCAUCACCACAGAGAACUUGCUGGCCUCCUGGGUCUUCUGGACCCCUGUGCUGGACAGCCUGGCCCAUGAGGUCCCGCGCCUCUACCCGGGAGGGGCUGAGAAUGGCCAUCUGUUGGAUUUUGAAUUCAGUGGCAGCCAGUUGUUCUUUUCCCAGCAGCAGCUGGAACAGCUGGUACCUGGGCCAGGGUCUGCCCCAGUGCCCAGUGACUUCCAGGUCCUUAGGGCCGAAUACCGAGAAAGCCCACUGAUUUCGGCCUGGCCUGAGGAGCUGAUCUCUAAACUGGCCGCUGACAUCGAGGCCACGGCCAUGCGGGCCGUGCAGCACUUCGGCAAGUUCCACCUGGCGCUCUCAGGUGGCUCCAGUCCUGUGGCCCUGUUCCAACAGCUGGCCAUGGGGCACUAUGGCUUCCCCUGGGCCCACACACAUCUGUGGCUGGUUGAUGAGCGCUGCGUCCCACUCUCAGACCCAGAGUCCAACUUCCACGGCCUGCAGGCUCACCUGUUGCAGCAUGUCAGGGUUCCCUACUAUAACAUCCAUCCCAUGCCCGUGCAGCUGCGCCAGCGGCUCUGCGCCGAGGAGGACCAGGGCACCCAGAUCUACGCCAGUGAGAUCUCAGCCCUGGUGACCAACAGCAGCUUCGACCUGGUGCUCCUGGGCAUGGGUACCGACGGGCACACAGCCUCGCUCUUCCCACAGUCGCCCACCGGCCUGGACGGGGAGCAGCUGGUGGUGCUGACCAAGAGCCCCUUCCGGCCGCACCUCCGCAUGAGCCUCAGCCUGCCCCUCAUCAAUCGUGCCAAGAAAGUGGCAGUCCUGGUCAUGGGCAGGAUGAAGCGUGAGAUCACCCUGCUGGUGAGCCGUGUGGGCCGUGAGCCCAAGAAGUGGCCCAUCUCGGGUGUCCUGCCCAGUUCUGGCCAGCUGGUUUGGUACAUGGAUUAUGAGGCAUUCCUGGGAUAAUGGAACUUUUUCCUUUGCCCACUCCACUCCUGAACUUUCCUCCCUAGCCUUGUUCCUGCCCUCCUAGCCCCACCACCUGCCCAGUGUGCCCUGGCUCUCUGGGAUCUGAGGCCCCACAGUCAGGCCCCAGUGUCCCAGUGCCUUUGGCAGUCAUCAUGGCUAGAUGUGGUGGAUAGGUGCAGAAACAAGGGAGACGCUUCAAAUCCGGGUCAGAGAGAGCCCUUAAAAAAAGGCCUACAGUAGUCACACAUUGAUGUCAACCAAAAUAGGGUAAUGUGAGAGGUCCCAGGUUCACAGAGGGAAUAAGGGCUGAGCUUAAUCAGGGAGUUUCCCAGAGGAGGUUAUCCUUGAACUGGCGCCCAUGGAAAGGAAGAGUAUGAUGGACAGAGAGGAGGAUGCAAAGGCCCCCUAGGAAGGGAGGGCAGCAGGCUGUGCAAAGCAGGGAUGCUUGGGACCUUCCUGAGAACUCGAGUAGCUCAGGCCCUUGCUUCCUCCAAGACGUCCCUCCUCCCAGAGCCUCUGCAGUCAGCCUCUGUCCCUGCCUCUUCUCUGUGGCCUCCACCUGUUCCCCAUCUCUGGCCCUUUCUCUCCCUUCCAUCCUGACUGUGCCAUGGGUAUUCCCAGUCCUCUCCCUGCUAUUUUGGGUUCCUCAGAUUUAUAGAGAGAUGAGGGGUGAUAGAAGAAUACAGCAGCAAAUACUAGUCAGAAGUUUCCAGAAAUCCUAUAGCUGCUGUUUGGAGGUUCCUUUCUUAGUUGCUGAACUGCUCUGCCAGAGAAGGCGGGUCCAGUUCCCCAGCUUCCCUGGGGAGGACCCCUGCCCUCCUUCCUUUCUCUGGUCUCCUUCCCUGGGGCACAUUGGGUGUAGAUGGUCAGGGCCGGUUCAGGGAUUCCUAAUUUAAGAGGGCCAUUUACACCUCAGGGGACUCCCAGGAGGUUAUUUCCACUCUGUGCAGCCUCCAGUUAAAUCAUUUACUGAUGGCAGAGUCAUGUGCCUUGAGUGACACAGGGCCCUCCAGGUAGUGGCAAUCCGACCACACAGGACCCAGACCCAGGCUUCUGGGGCAGGAUGGCAGCAGCUGCCCACGGCCUUUUUGGGACCUAAAUUACAGGGCUGCAGCCAGCCCUCUUCACUCUGUCUUUUGGUGGCCCUAUAACCUACCAGCUUCUCCACCAGCAGCCCCACAAGGGGAAUGAGUAGGCAGCUUCUCUGCAAGCACAGGUUAAAGCAGUGGGAUCUCUGCUCUUCAGAAGCCAUGGGCCACUAAUACCUGUUUCUGAAACCCUCAAGAAGAGAUCUGAAAUUCUUUUUUUUUUUUUUUUUUUGUAGAGACAGGGUCUCACUUUAUUACCCUUGGUAGAGUGCCGUGGCCUCACACAGCUCACAGCAACCUCCAACUCCUGGGCUUAAGCGAUUCUCUUGCCUCAGCCUCCCGAGUAGCUGGGACUACAGGCGCCUGCCACAACGUCUGGCUAUUUUUUGGUUGCAGUUUGGCCGGGGCCGGGUUUGAACCGGUCACCCUCAGUAUAUGGGGCCAGCGCCUUACCAACUGAGCCACAGGCGCCGCCCGAGAUCUGAAAUUCUUUUAAAAAACAACAAAAAGCAGACUGGGUAGGUGGCUUGGGCCUGUAAUCGUAGCCCUCUGGGAGGCUGAGGUGGGAGGAUCCCUUGAGCCCAGCAGUUUGAGGUUGCUGUGAACUAGGAUGACACCCCUGCACUCCAGACAGGGCAACAGGGUGAGACUCCGUCUCAACAACAAAAAGCAAAAUUCUCAGGUCACAUGUAAUUUUGUUUGUUCAACUUCCCACAUAGUCAUGUACCCCAGAAGAUGCGUCCCUGAAGGGUUAAGGCAGGUUUUUCUGUGUGACUUCCUACAUCUUAAAGUCACACUCUGGGUCGGGCAAAUACAAAGUUUCAUGUCCUGCAGAAUUUUCCAGGAAAGGGCUUUCAUUCGGCGAGGAGGAGCGUCACGAAGUCUGUUCCUUCACUUUGGACUGUUGACACUUUCUUCAAGGCUCUGGAUUUGACAGAAUCCAGCUUGCAUUUGAGAUGUGUGCCUGUGGGGUGAUUCCAGAGCCUCCAGCCCACGCAGGAUAGACUUUGACCCCAGCCAGACGGGGCAUCUCUCUUUAUGCCCAGAGCGCUGCCUUUGGUGGAAAAGAACCACAAUGCCUGGGCCCAGAAACCUCCCUGUCUGUCCAGCUCACCCUCCUGGUCUGCAGGCUGGGCCGGUGCCCAGGGUGACGUGGGUGCUUGUGGGUGCCGGCCGCAUGGGGGAGCCCUUGCACUGUCCCCGCCGCCUCCCCUGGUGGCAGGUUCUGGCGCCGUAUUUCUUCGCAUGUCCAUGAUCUGUUUCCCUGGGUGCCUGGCACAGCACUCCCCAUCUGUUUUUCAGGAGCUGGCUGCUCUGUGGUUGCAACACCGGAGAGAAAGGGCCUUCACAUGCCCGAAUAUCCCUCCAGGAUCAAGGGUGAGCAGGCUCCUGAUGUCACCCUUUCUGAAUAAUAGUGAGUCACUGCCAGGCCUGGGUCU